AUGGCCAAAAUUGAACGCUGCAAUCCACAACCGGAACACUAUUUGACAUCCUGGACGACCCAUCAGAUUGAGUUGGAGGCAAUUUUGUCGGACGCCUUUCCCGUGGGCACCAAGUUUGCGAGUUGGUUGCAACUGAAACAAGUAUUGGACCAGAUUGGAGCCAAUUGGUCCUUUAAAGUGACCCAUACCACCAGCAAGUUGGUUUGUGUGUUGGGUCCCAGCCGAUUCUACCAAGCCAAAAAAGAAACCAAAAGAGUAUCGUCCAAUGUCCCUGUAUUGUGGCCUAUUCCUACCAGAAUUUCACCCGUGCGGCCCGCAGAGACAAAGUACCCAGUCUGCGUUUCGUGGCUUCCAUUUCCAGUGCCAACUAUAAGCAUACAUGCGGAUGUGCUCCAGCCAACCCGCCGUCAGGAUUAG